AUGAGUUCGGAUUUCUUCUUCAGAUUCUCGUUUGGUGUGGAUAGUUUUGGAGUACCUUCGCUUGUGGUUGCGCGAAAGAAGCUGACGGCGGCGGGGAGGAAGCUGACGGCGAGACUCGAAGCAACAAUACCAUCUCGGGGACCUGCUGGUUCUGCCGCCGGCGACGAUGAGCGCAAGGAAGGCGCGCGACUGAGUCUUCUCCCCAAAUCAAAAAAGGAAGUUGAAAUAGGAAACCCUAGCUUCUCCACCACCGCCGCAAGGACUGCCGCCGUCCGUCGCUCUCAGGCACUACCAUCGUCGUCUGGUCGUCCAUGCUUCUUCCUCCUUCAAGAAUCGCAGCUUCUUCUUCCUCGAGCUCGGCGCGUCAGUUCCUGGUAUUCAUCUGCUCCAUCGCGCUCCUGCCGCCGUCCGUCGGACGCUCAGUCACCAUCGUCUUCGUCUGUUUUGAAAUACCUUAGUCUUGUGGAUACCUUAAUCCAUAGUGGUUCAGUUGACGUAAUUUUUGUUGACAGUGUGGCUGCUCUUGUUCCUAAAGGGGAGCUUGAUGGUGAAAUGGGGGAUGCACACAUGGCAAUGCAGGCUAGGUUGAUGAGCCAGGCCCUUCGGAAAUUAAGCCACUCUUUGUCAGUUUCUCAAUGUAUAUUGAUUUUUAUAAACCAGGUAAGGUCAAAGCUUUCUACUUUUGGUGGAUUCGGUUGGCCCCAGGAAGUUACUUGUGGUGGCAAUGCAUUGAAAUUCUAUGCAUCGGUGCGGCUAAAUAUUAGAAGAAUAGGGUUUGUGAAGAAAGUGGAAGAGAUUUUGGGAAGCCAGGUACUUGUCAAGGUUGUGAAGAACAAGCUUGCCCCUCCAUUUAAAACUGCUGAGUUUGAGCUUCAAUUUGGCAAGGGUAUAAAUAGAGAAUGUGAGAUCAUAGACUUGAGUGUAAAACACAAAAUCAUCCUAAAGGCCGGUGCUAUAUAUUACUUCAAUGAUAAGAAUUUCUGUGGUAGGGAUGCUUUUAAGAGUUUCCUGGCCGAGAAUCAUAGUGCAUUUGAAGAACUUCAAAUGAAACUCAGGCAGAAGCUUCUUGAUGAUACCGAGGUGGAAAAGGAACAAGAUUCAGAUGUGACUAGUGAUGUCAAAGAAGAAAUUACAACAACACUCGAGUCUACCGAUGAAGAAUCCUCAGCUGCUGUCGAAGCUUGAUCUUAUGAAUUAUGAUGCACUCGAGCAACCAUGUCGACCAAUGUGAUUUAUGUAUGAUGUAGCUUGACGAAUCGGAAGCAAAAAAUGUUCAACUCAAAUCAACAAGGCUCAUAGAAAUGAU